UUUUAGAGUCAUAAAUAUGGUUAUUGCCGGAACAAACUCCGAAAUUUGCUUUGAAUUGGAACGUCUUUUCCUUCACUUAGCUUUAAUCAACGAUGAUUCGAAAUUGGAAGCAUUUACUCGGAAACAUUUACUGGAUAUUAUAGAUUGCACUUCUAAAGGCGAAGUUGAAGUCCGAAAUAAAGGAAUGGAAAUAUUGACACAUUUAAAUCGUAGAAUCAAAAACAAUUUAAUGAUAAUAUUACCGUUGAACACUAUCUUGCAUUAUAUAUUGUCUUCAACACAAGGGAACGUUUUAGGAAAGAAUUUUGCAAUUGUUUACCUUAGAAUAGCAUUGGAUCGUGUGGAUACUAAAGAGCACAUUGCUCUUCUUCCAAACUUCCUGAAUGGUUUGUUGAAAUAUGUAAACGAGAGAAAGAUAUUCAAUCAGCUUAUUGUCUUAACUGCACGUGCUUGGAUAUCUCUUUCUGAUAUGAACCAGCAGGUGUGGCCAUCAUUGGAAUCAUUGAAAAAUAGUGUAGUCAGAUGGGAAAUAUUGAGAUUUUUUUCAGACGUGUUGUAUUUCCCAAAUUUAAGCAAUGAGAAGAGAAAUAUGACCAUGACGUUAGAUAACUUUUGUGAACACCCAUGCAUGUCAAAAAAUGGAUUUCUCCGAAUUGCUAAAGAUGUUUUAAAUGAUCCUAAAAUUAGCAUUACUACGUUAAAGCUAUCUGUAAUAAAGGUGUUGUCGUCAGUGAUUUUUACUGAAGCCGAGAUCUUACCAUUACUGAUUGGAGCCAUUGCGCUUGGUCCUAGUGAAGUUGAAAUAGCUGGUGAUAUUGCUAUCAAAAAGAUUGAUUUGGAAAAAGUUCUGAGAAAUAAGAACACUGUGAACAUUUUGUUCAAUUUAUACCUCGGUUUGUCUCUUCAGACCUUGGACGAAAACGAUAGAGUUUUGCCGGCUACGAUUCCUAUUAAGCUGAAAUUAAUACCUCUACUGAUGAAAUCUCCUGUUGCGGUCCAAACUUUCCCAUAUAAUAUUAAGGUAGCAUUUGAUGGCUUAUUCAGCAAGGAAGAUUUCGUUGAGAAUAAACCUCUCAAACUGCAACAAGCAAGCAUUGAUUUUUUGUUGCUUAUUGUGAAAAAUUUUCCUGCAAAUGCUUUGCCAACAUUUGGCCCAGUCAUAUUUUCUUCUAUAAGGAAGUUGAUUGACCAGAAUGAGUCCUCGGGUGUUGUUGCUACAGCUUACCAGUGUUUUGGUAUUAUUGGUUGUAAAGUUCCGCAAUUGGUUGUGAAUGAUAUGGCUCUUUUGCAGGAAACAUUUGAUGCGAUCUCAUUGGCGCCAGAAGAAAUAUCUUUUGCAAUAGCAGAUUGCUUAGUGAGCUGGUUACCCGCUUUUUGUGCUGUAAAUGAUGUUGCUUUAAGAGGUGUUCUGGAAGCACUCAUUUCUUCAUAUAUUGUUCACGAUUCACCUAAAUGCCGUCUUGUCGCUCUAAAGUUUGUUGAAACAUUGGUGAAAACAUCAUCAUUGGAAUUCCGCUGGAUUCUUUGUCGAACUUGUGGAGAUCCGAGAGAUGAAAUGAAGCGUGAAGCUGUACGUCUACUGAAUUUAUCAGUUGCAGAUCCCAUGACGACACCUAAAUUUAAAGAUUUGGUUGAAUUUAUUCACCGAAAAUUGAACUUGCAAGGUGCUACUGGAAGCGUAGACUUUUCAACUGCUGAAACAAAGAAGAAGAAAGAAGCAUUUGCUGACGAAGUGUUUCAUAUUUCAGCACUUUAUCUGUACGCCAACUUACAAGUUGCUUGUUCGCUACGACCAGUUUCGCUAGCAGAAACGGAUGUUUUUUCGGGAACAUCAGAUUAUCCUGUAAUCAAUAGCUAUCUACUUUCGUUCAGUGGAGAGCAUCUUGAGAUUUUACAUCGUUUUCUAGAAAUAGUUUUGAAAGCAAUUGAAACACAGCCAGAUAACUUUCUGAUCGAAAUGGCUUGUUUGUUGUUGCAGAGUGGAUGUGCAGAUUUAGAUCAUAAUUACCGUGCAAUGAUUGUGGCAUUGUUAGAGCGUCAUCUAAAAUCUAGUUCUCGGUUAAGUGUUUGUGCAAAACUUUCUCAACUCUACAGUUUGAUACUAAGUGAUUUUGAAAGGAAGGAAUGUUUAGAACGUUGCUUGGAGCAGUUUAACAGUUACAAUGAGUUACCCUUUCGAAUCCCAUGGCUUUGUGCAUAUUUAACAACUCAACCGCUGGCAGACUUCGCUGCUGGAGAAAUCAUCGCAAUUAAAGUUUGUUUAGUGAAUAUGAUGGAAACACUGUCCGCACAGCAAUAUUGUGAAGCAGCUUGUGGUUCGUUGGCAGAAUUAUUGAGAAGAGCCGUCAUCUGUCUGAAUGAGGUAGAAAAGAGUAAAUUAGUGUCAUCAACCUCGGAUAAUCAGUUUUAUUCGCUCUGUGAAUUGCUAGGAAAGAUAGCAGCAUCUCGAAAGGACACUUUAACAUCAAAAAUGAAGGAGUCAGCUGCUCAGUGCCUUGGUUUUCUUUCAUUGCAUAGCUUGCCAACUAUUUUAUACGAAAAAAUCUUGACUCAAUUAUUUGCAUGUGGUGAGAUAGCAACCGAACCAGAAUUGCAGUUUACAGUUGGCAGUGCGCUUUUCGACGCUGCUUUCGGUGAAAGUUCUCCAUCACGUAGAAAUAUUUUCACCGAAACAGAGGAAUAUUUUCUGGAAAGGAACUUAUCUCUCGCUGAACGGGACAGUGUUGAAAAAAAAGUAGCGAAUUUAUUGGAGAUUCUGAAUGCCAAAUUACAUCACACAAAUCGCCAUUUGCGACAAGCUGUGCUCAUUUGGUUGUUUACUCUGGUUAAGCGAUGUGCUGUCAUAAAGCUUAAUUGCAUACUGAACAGUUUACGUCCUAUUCAAUAUGCUUUUACCAAUGGUUUAACUGAAACAAAUGAAUUCUCUCAGGAAGUUGCAAGCGAGGGGCUUGGUAUUAUCUUCGAAUUAGGCUCUGAAGAGCAAAAGAAAAUAAUGGUUGAAGAAUUGGUUAAUACGCUAUCAGUUGGACGAAAACGAGUCGAUCCAAUUGCACCAAAUACCCUCUUGUUUUCGAGGGGGGAAUUGGGCACUACAUCAGGGGGGGAAAAUUUAACAACGUAUAGAGAACUCUGCAGUUUGGCCACGGAUUUGAAUCAGCCAGAUCUUAUAUACAAAUUCAUGCAACUUGCAAAUCACAAUAUUUUGUGGAAUUCCAAAAAAAUGAGUGCAGCUUUUGGUUUCGGUAUUAUAAUGCAACAAGCCGGAAGUGUAAUGGAACCGUAUUUGGCGCAGUUGGUGCCCAAACUUUAUAGAUACCGAUACGAUCCUGAUUUGAAAGUUCAAAGCGCUAUGCAGUCAAUUUGGCAAGCAGUCACAAUUUCUAAGAAAAAUGUGAUUGAAGAAUAUGCAGAUGCUAUUUUCAACGAACUUAAAUUAACCCUUACAGAUCCUCAGUGGCGAACGCGUGAGUCGAGUUGUCUGGCGUUAGCAGACUUGCUUAGCGCUCAUUGUACUAAUGAAAUAGUGGAACAUUUUGGUCAACUUUUCGAAAUAUUGUAUCGAGUACAUGAUGAUGUAAAGGAAUCAGUUCGAAUGGCAGCAGGACGCACCCUGUCAAGUCUCAUUAAAUUUACUGUACGCAAAUGUUCCUCCGUUAAUGGCGCUAAAGCUACCCGAUUGCUUGGGAUGAUACUUCCUGUUAUUAUUGAGAAAGGAGUUAAGUCGAGCGUUAAAACUAAUAAAAUUUUGAGCUUGAAAAUGAUCAUGGGCAUUGCAAAGGAAGCUGGAUUGGUUUUACAAGAACAUAUAAAUGUAAUAGUGCCAUGCUUACUAGACUCACUAAGUGAAGAGGAGUCAACAGUUCUAAAUUAUCUUGCUGCUAGAUCAAGUUUAGACGAACUGGAAGUGCUGGACUCAGCCCGUAUGUCAGCAGCGCAUAGUUCUCCGAUGAUGAGUGCUCUUCGUUACCUUGUCCCGUAUGUAGAUAAAGACAUUUUCAACUCUGAGUUGAGCGAUAAGUUGAUCGAACAAUUACGAUCCAGUGUUGGCGUGACGACACGUACUGGAACUUGUCAAUUUAUCAUCGAUUUGUGCCUUCAACGUCAGGACCUGCUGAUAUCUUGUCGAUCUUCAUGUGAUAAAAUGAUACGGAUCCUUCUUAGCGGCUUAAAUGACCGUAAUCUGGUAAUUAAAAAACAGUUUUCGUCCUGUUUGUCGUAUUUAUUGCCUUUUUCCUCGAAAAAAGAAGUAAAUCGAAUUUUGGAUUACAUGAAACAAAAAUUGCGAAGUGAACAAGAUGAAGUAACUAUUUUACAUCUUCUGCGCUUUUUAUCAAGAAAUACUGAUGUUCUUUCUGAAUCACUGACUGCUGUUAUUCCAUUUAUAUUUCUUUAUAAAUGUCAGGAAGGUGAGUCUUCGUUGCAAAAAAAUGACGAAGCAGGGAAAAAAAAACUCGAAAUGUGGGAUGAAUUAUGGUUCGAGUUGGUUCCAGACACUUCAUCUGCCAUGCGUUUAUAUCGUAAGGAAAUGAUCGAGGUGGCUUUAGUUACACUAAAUACAAGUUCUGUUUUUGCAAUGAAAACACAAGCGGCAAAAGUACUUGUAGCAGUUGCCGAAUCUGGUGUUCUCAGUGAUGACGUUGACUGUGCUGAAACACUCUAUGAUAGUUUAAUAAGCGCGCUGCAUGGCCGAAUAUGGGAUGGUAAAGAAAAGUUAAUCGAAGCAAUUAGUGCGUUAUUACGGUCAUCAGGGAAAAACUUAGCUUCAAAAUGGGACGAAACUACUAUUGAAACGAGAACAUGCUGUAAUGUUGGCGAUCAUUGGAGCAUGUGA